CGGGGAUUCGGAGGACGUAGCGACGCCUGUUGGAGCUCCCGUGAGUCGACAGAGCGACAGGAAAGCAAAAUGGCGGAUGAAGAUGUUACGCUGGAUGGUAAAUCGCUACAAUCGCUCCGUGUGGCGGAUUUGAAAGCCGCUUUGGAGCAUCGACACCUCCCUAAAAGCGGGGCAAAAAAUGCGCUCAUUAAGCGACUGAAGGGGGCUCUGAUGUUGGAAAAUGUUAAGAAGACUUCCACUUCCCACAUUGGGCUCCAGCCCAACUCCCAGAUUGGGGAGGAGAUGAGCCAGAACAGCUUCAUAAAGCAGUACCUGGCUCAGCAGCAGGAGCUCCUUCGCCAGAGGCUGGAGAGAGAGGCCCGGGAGGCGGCAGAGGCCGAUGGGGAAACAGGCCCAGAGGAGGAGGAGGAGGAGGAGGAGGAGGAUGAGGAGGAGGAGGACACAGAGCAGGACAACGACAGUGCUUCCUACCAUCCUGACAAGCAUUGCCCCAUACCCUCUCAGCCCCCACUGAACCGGGCCGAGGAAGGAGGUGGAGGAGGGACAAUGAUGAUUGGGCAAGGAAUGAUGUCCCAGGCUAUGGGCAAAGGGACGAUGUCUCGCAGACCAUACUUUGGCCCAGGCUCCGUGCCCCAGGAGUCCCCUGACGCCCCUGGCUCCUGGACACAGCAGCGUCUCUCACUCCACACUGGCCUCCGCCAUGAGGAGCUCACCACCCCCUCACCACCCCGCGCUGUGGCCUCCCUGUCUGUGCGUGUCCUGGGGGACCCCGAGCGCCAGGGCCUGCCACCCUCCAUGCCCCCCCGCGUCCAGGCCCAGGAGAAUGAAGGCACCGCCCCGGCGGCUGACGACCGCCCCGCCCACUAUGUGCUCCACCUCAGCCGCUCCGCUCGGGCAGCAGCCAGCGCCGGGGGUAACCGCGUCCAGGAAGACAGUGAUGACGAUGACAGCAGUGAGGAGGACGAAGAUGAGUGGGGACCUGCGGCGGGGGCAAGAAGAGGUGGCGGUGGAAGAGGACGUUCCCCUCCCCCUCGGCCCCAGCAGCCUUCCCCCAGCAUCCCGGUGGGCCGAGAGAGGUCCAGACGCAAGCUCCAGCCUCCGCAACACAUCCCCCCUCAGCAGGUAGUACACCAGCCCCCCAUGCAGCUCCGCCAGCCCACCCCGCCCCCCUCCCCACCCCCAGAGCUCUCCUUUCCUCUACCCGACACCCCCAAGCAGAGCCCGCCCGACAUGGAUGAGGAGCCAGAAGGAGCAGGGGCUGGGGUGGCCGUCCGCUCCCCUCCAGGUGGCCUCCAGAGGCACGACUCUGACUCCAGCUCCCGCUCCAGCAGCCCAGAGCCCCUGGCCCAGCGGCGGCCCGGACCCCUCUCCCUGCUCGCCCGCAAGAUGGCUUCCGAGGGAGCAUUCGGGAAGAGAGGUGAGGGUGCCUCAGACGGCCAGACAGGUCCUGGUGGGGAGUCGUCCGGAUCAGGAGAUGGCGGUAGCAUCGUCCCAGGAGCAGGACUGGGGGUUGGGGUAGUCCUGUUCCCUGGGGCUGCUAUCACCCACAUCGGAGGCAGCAGCGCAGUGCACUCCGGAACCGUCCCUGUACCCGAGGUCCCUGCACCAGUGUCUAUGUUUGGAUCAGGGGCCCAGUUCCAUCCUCUCUCUCUGGUGUCUGGAGCAGCUGUCCCAGGCAUCACCCUCACUGCAGAGCCCCAGGGUACAUCUGGAGAGACGGCACAGAAGAGAACGGAGAAAGAGGAGAAACAGGUAGAGAGUGAGAGUUGCCUGCCGCCAUGGAAGCACGGACGGGAUGUGACGUCUGUGUCCUUGCCGUUUGGGUCUGGGGGGUCAGAGGUGCCUGCGGUGCACCAGGGGGACAGCCCGAAGAAGUCACCCUUCGGCAGGGAUGAACCCCUCUCCUCUCCUCCCGGCUCAACCACUUGUCUGCCUGCUCUCGCCCCCAAGAAGCCCCGCAUGUUCUCCGACACCUCAUCCGGCUCCAUGGCAUCCCCUCCUAAACCUGGGCAACAGGGGUCUGUGGUGGUGACCACGCCAGGGGAACCCCCCCUCAAACAGGAAGUCCUUGUCUCAGGGGCCCAGCAGAACACAGACAACACCAUAGAGGUCACCUCACCGAACAAGGCGUCCGCGGAAAAGCCUGGAGAGAGAAAUGGAGGAGAAAUUGUGGAGAAGGAGAGUGACAGCCAGGCAGAAAAGGUGACACCGAAAGCCGGCGAGACCAGGAGAAGAGGACCUGAAGAGGCUAUUGAGGUUGAGCCCAUGGGGCCUGCUCUGCCCCCCUCUUACCCAGGUAAGGGAGAAGAAGAGAAGAAGCGGAAGGAAGAUGUGAGGAAGAAGGAAGAAGAGCGGUGCAGGCAGAGGAAGAGGGCGAGCGACAGGAGGUCGUCGCCCUCCAGCGGUGGCGACUCUUCAUCCUCCGACUCAGAUUCUGGAUCCUCUUCAUCACAUUCCUCUGCCUCCACCUCCUCCCGGGACAAAAAAAAGAAAUCUGUCCCGGGAAAAGGAAGAGUGGAUGAAAGGAGAAGACUGGAAAAAGGAGGAGAGAAGAAACAGCCUUUCAGGGAGAAGAAGCAGUCUUCCCUGUCGGAGCCGUCCGGCCCUGGCCCUAUGGAGGUGGAAAGGCCAGACCCAGAGGACUCCAGGGCCCCCCAGCCCACCCCCGAAGGGGACCCAGAGAACAGUGAGGGCCGCAUGGAGGAGAGCACCACUCCUAAAGCUUUGGCCACACGCAACAUCUCUUUAACCACAGGCAGUAAGACGUCUCCAGAGGGAGCAGGAGAGGCAGAGUCUGGGACCGCCGCGGGGAGGAAGAGGAGGUGGGGAUCCUGCACGGCCGUCACCACCAAGAAACCCUCCAUCAGCAUCACCACAGACUCUCUAAAGUCUCUGAUCCCAGACAUCAAGACCAGUCAGGAGGCUGUGAUGGAUCUCCACCCAGACGACAGCCAGCUGUCUGGGGACGAGGACACCACCACCACCACGGAGGACCAGGGCCUGGACAAAGACCUUAAGAUCAGACGCACCGUCACACAGGUGGUCCCAGGUGAAAGCCAUGAGAAUGGCCAGGGAGAACGAGAGGAGGAAGAGGAGGAGAAUAAACGGGAGUGUGAGAGGACACACAAAGAGAAGCGAAAGAACAGCUACUCAGAAGAUGGCAUGGUGUGUCAGUCCUCCACAACACAUGACGCCAACGCCAAGAAAGUCACUCCCAGUGAUACUCUGGUGCGUCGCUCCAUCAGUCAGCAGAAGUCUGGUGUGUCUGUUACCAUCGACGAUCCAGUCCGCACAGACAAACUGCCCUCUCCGCCCAGAGGCAAAGUCUCCAACAUCGUCCACGUCUGUAACCUGGUGCGACCUUUCACCCUGGGCCAGCUGAAGGAGCUGCUGAACAGGACCGGCUCUGUGGUGGAGGAGGGCUUUUGGAUCGACAAGAUCAAAUCUCACUGCUACGUCACUUACUCCAGCACAGAGGAGGCUGUGGCCACACGAGCUGCUCUGCACAGGGUGAAGUGGCCCCAGAGCAACCCUAAGGUCCUUAGUGUGGACUUCUGUGAGCAGAACGAGCUGGACUUCCACAGAGGUCUGCUGACCGUGGACCCCAGAGAGGAGCACCGGCCCCAGCCUGCUGUGGGUCCUGGAGGUCCCAAAGUCCGACCGGGGGGGCUGCCCCCUCUGAUGCCUGAACGGGACGGGCGCGCAGACCGCGGGGCUGUCGGAGGGGUGCGGGACCAGUGGGCGGAGAGAGAGAGGGAGAUGGAACGCCGGGAGAGGACCAGGGCGGAACGCGAGUGGGACCGGGACAAGGUGCGAGACUUCGGAGGCAAACCAGGAGAGGAGAGGGAGAGAAGGAGGAGAUCUCGCUCCCUGGAUAGAGAGCGGAGGCGAAAGGAGAGGGAAGGGAAGGAGAAGAAGACCGACAAAAAGGAUGAACCUCCUGUCAAACUACUAGACGACCUCUUCAAUAAGACCAAAGCAGCUCCCUGCAUAUACUGGCUUCCCCUCACUGAGGAACAGGCAAACCAGAGGGGGAAGGAACGGGAAGAGCGACAGAAAGAACGAGAGAGGAGGCGGAAAGAACAGCAGGAGGAGGAGGACAAGAAGCGAGAGGAGGAGAAGAAGGAGAGAAUGAAAAGUAGAGAGGAGGGAGGUGCUGCGGUCAGCACUGGAGGUGGGAGUGUCCGGGGAUCUGAGGGAGACAGGGACAGAGAGGGGGAGCGCCGUAGCAACCUCAGAGACAGACGCCGCUGA